UGAGAAACCGCCCAGAGCUCCGAACUCCCACGCACCACACUCAACCAAGCACAAUGCGGUGGUUACAGCUUCUCACGGCAUCUCUGUUGCCCUUCACAGCUCUCGCAGCUAAGAAGUCCUCCGGCGACCGCUUCAAUGACUUCCGCGCCCAGUCGCUGUCUCACGGCCCGCUGAAGCUCGACGACUCCUCGUACACGCAAUUGACCAAGGCUCCGCGGGAUUACUCAGUUGCCAUACUGCUUACGGCAUUGGAGACGCGAUUCGGAUGUACACUAUGCAGGGAAUUCCAGCCCGAGUGGGAUGUGUUGGGCAAGAGCUGGGUGAAGGGUGACAAGAAAGCGGAGACCAGAGUGCUCUUCGGUACAUUGGACUUCGUUGAUGGAAAGAACACUUUCCAAUCGUUGAUGCUCCAAACGGCUCCGGUCCUGCUCUUCUUCCACCCUACCGUGGGACCGAAUGCGAAGCUCGAUUCGCAACCUGUUCGAUUCGACUUCACGGCUGGCCCACAAUCCGCCGAACAGAUCCACGCCUGGAUUUCCCGCCAGCUCCCCGCCGACCUCCCCAGACCCGCCAUCCACAGACCCAUCAACUAUGUGAAGAUGGUGUCUGUCACCACCGCCGUCCUCGGCGUCAUCACCUUCAUUGUCGUGGCGUCCCCCUACGUCGCUCCGAUCCUUCAGAACCGUAACCUCUGGGCUGCCUUCAGCCUGAUUACCAUUCUCCUUUUCACCAGCGGACACAUGUUCAACCAUAUCAGGAAGGUGCCAUACGUGGCUGGCGACCCCAAAGGCGGUAUCACCUACUUUGCCGGUGGCUUCAGCAAUCAAUUUGGUCUUGAGUCGCAGAUUGUUGCCGCAAUUUAUGGUGUCCUCGCAUUCGCCACCAUUUCUCUCGCCCUCAAGGUGCCUCGCAUUGCGGACUCCAGGGCCCAGCAAUUUGCCGUCUUCCUGUGGAGUGGCGUUCUGCUGUGCAUGUACAGCUUCCUCCUCAGCGUCUUUCGGAUGAAGAACGGAGGAUACCAGUUCUGGCUGCCUCCCUUCUAAGUGGCCAAUUUUGAUUGAGGAUCAGGACGGGAAGAAAGGACUUCUCUCCACGAGCAUGGCUGUGUCAAGGGAAAGAGGAGAGUAUCUGCUUGUGCGCACUUCGUGACGACGUAUCCGGAAAGAGUGUCAGGCGGGUUGUAUGAUAGAGCUGGUGGCGCUAGGUAUUGUAUACCACGACGUGAGGCGUUUGGGAUAUAGUAAAAUAUGGAGAAAAGCACGGAUUGCUUCCUGAUGAGCAUUUACAAUGAAACACAUGAACCCCCAACC